UUCGUUCUCGUUCUUAUCUUUUUUUAACCGUUGCCAAAUUGGCAAAAGCUCUGAACUUUGUCUAACUUUAUCAAUUUUUACAAAGAACCCAUUAAUCCUGAAGGAAAAUGGUUGAGAAGUCAUUUUCGUGUUGGCAAAUGGGUAGCUUUCAGAGAGGUGGUUGAUGGGUUUGUUUUUCUGUUUCUAUUCCAGUUUCUGAAUGCUUCUGCAUAUUCAAAACCUUAUCAGUCUCUGUCUAUUUCUUUUUAAAUGUGCUGUUACAUGUUUCUUCUUCAUUGCAAACUCCUUUUUCUUUUUUCAACUUAAUAACUACUGAAAUGUGGUUGGUAUUCAAGCAUUUAAGAGCAAUGAAUUAUCCAUUCUUCUGAGCUUCCUCAGGAGGUUAUGCUGUCCAGUUUAACACUCAGAGUCGAGGCAUUUAAGAUCAGGGAAAUUUGAACAGUUGUGCGUGGCCACUAAUGAAGUGCUCAAAUUGGAAGAAAUGAAGCUCGAGGUGGAAGUUUCUCUUGCUUUUGUCAUUAGCUUGAUUUGGUUUCAGCAUGGUCUUUGCGAUGAACUUUCUAAUACAUCAGGCGUAAACAACUGGACAUGCACAUGCUCUUCCUUAAAUCAGGGAAACCAGACCUCUGUUCUUAAAUCUAACUGUUCAAGAUCCUGUGAUUGCAGUCCAGUUGAACCAAGUGGAGAUAGGUGGACAUGUUUAUGUGCUACUGAUGGAUUGCCUAAAGUAGCAGUCAACAAUCAUGAUACUACGUGUUUUACCGCCUGCAACUGCACUGCUGGAUCUCUUCCUCAGGCACCAGCUUCAAGAAAUCACUACUCUAACAGAGUUGUUGUGAUUAUUCUAUUACUCUCUGUCAUUCUCACAACACUGGCAUUUCUUGCUUCAGUAACAUGCUAUUUCUGUCGAAAGGACAAGUGCGCGAAGUGCCCUAUCCAACCACCAAUAUUCUCAUCAGAUAAAGAAACAAGUUGCAAUAGUGCUACCAACUUGAUAAGUCAUAAGACUUCUUUGGUGUCAGAAACUAUAGUUAACGUCAGCUUCCCUACUAAACCUGUUGCGGGAUGCUUUCAAAAGGCUUCAUUCCUUUGUCGGGGAAAAAAAGGGACUAUACUUGGAACAAUUUGCCAGUUCGCCUACUCUGAACUGGAAAAUGCAACCAAUAAGUUCUCCAAUUCCAACCUUAUAGGACUUGGAGGAAGUAGCUUUGUGUACCGGGGCCAGCUUAAGGAUGGAAGAAUUGUUGCAGUCAAGCGACUUAAACUUCAAGGAGGCCCUGAUGUAGAUUCCAUCUUUUCAACAGAGGUCGAGCUGUUGUCAAGGCUACAUCACUGUCAUGUGGUGCCCUUGCUUGGCUACUGUUCAGAAUUCAGCGGGAAACAUGCUGAGAGGCUACUGGUAUUUGAAUACAUGCCUAAUGGUAAUUUGAGGGAUUGUUUGGAUGGGAAUUUGGGGGAGAACAUGACCUGGGAAACUCGUGUUGGUAUUGCUAUUGGUGCUGCAAGGGGCUUGGAAUAUCUUCAUGAAGCGGCUGCUCCUAGAAUAUUGCAUAGAGAUGUAAAAUCCACAAAUAUUCUUCUGGACAACAACUGGAGAGCUAAAAUAACUGAUCUUGGUUUGGCCAAACAUGUAAGAGCUGAUGGAGUUCCCAGCUGUUCCAGUUCUCCAGCAAGAAUGCAAGGCACUUUUGGCUAUUUUGCCCCUGAAUAUGCAAUUGUUGGAAAAGCCUCACUUAUGUCAGAUGUAUUCAGUUUCGGCGUAGUUCUUCUGGAACUGAUCACUGGUCGGCAACCCAUCCAGGAAUCAAACAAUAAAGAAGAAAGUCUUGUUAUAUGGGCUACCCCUCGUUUACAGGAUAGUAAGCGAGUGACCUCAGAGUUACCUGACCCACGUUUAAAAGGGAAUUUUCCAGAAGAAGAGAUGCAGAUAAUGGCUUACCUAGCAAAGGAGUGCUUGCUGUUAGACCCUGACGCUCGACCAACAAUGAGUGAGGUUGUGCAAAUCCUCUCAACUAUUGCACCAGAUAAAUCUAAAAGAAUGAAUAUCCCUGUAAAUUUUUUCCAGAUGUCAUCAGCCCAUAACGUGAAGAAUGAAGCUCUUGUAGAGAGACAUCAAAGCGUAAUUGAGGCUUUAUAUGAUACAGAGGAGCAUAUGCCAGCUGCGUCUAUUAGUUCAGCUGAGAGCUCACCGCCAUUAAGUACAGAUGGUAUUGAAAUUAUCGGCAAAGAAAUAGGUCCCCUUCCUGCUGAGUGUAUGGAGAGGCUGAUCCUUUUGAGUUCCAAUGCUAGGAGUUGGCGUGUCAAUGAUGAUGAAGCAGUAGACUUAACAGAGCCUCGGUUUGAAUCAUUCCGCAUGGCAAAUGUUAAGUCCCCCUGAGAAGAACCCAUCCAACUGACAGGAUUAACACAUUUUGCACAAGUUUGCUUUGGUUGGUUUCUGCUGUGUACUCUAAGAAAGGAACAUCAUAUAGGGAGUAGGUUUUUGAGAAAAUAUCCAUUUGAUUUUUUGUUUGUUGUGGGGGGUUGUCUUGAAGAAUAGGCCACACACAGGUUGUGUUAGUACUAGGUCAUAGUUUUUCCUUUAUCGCGUUUCAUGCAUUUGUACAGAAAAUUUAUACAAAAUUAAUAAAAAAAAUCAAAUCAACUGAA